GAAAGAGAAGGUUUUGACUUUGAUAAGGGAGGGGUAUGUAGAUAGGGCUAAUGGGGAGGAAGGAAGGGAAAGGGAAGGGAGAAGGGAGUUUGGGUGAAUCUUAAGGUAUGAUAGGUACGGGUCAGUUAGGGGGGAGAAUAGGGGGGGGGUGUGGCGACUUCCUGUCUUAAUGCUUCUGUCUUCUUACUCUUCUGUCGUUUUUGCCUUCACUUGUUUACAGUCUCUUUAUUUCUUUAAAUAAUCCUCCAAACAGGACCAGUCCGUCUCUUUUGUUUUUCUGCCAUCCUUCUUCUUUAAUAAGAAGGUUAAUUUGUCCAUAUCUUUUAUAUCAGUCACUUUGUCAACCCAUCAGUCUUUCAUCAAUGGUUUCUCGGAUUUCCAGUACUUGGCGAUUACCAUUCUUGCUGUCGUGAUGAAAAAGAAGGGGCUCCAGUGUGUCACUGGUCCUGGACAUGAGCUCCUUGAGCAACACAGAUCCCAUUCGGUCAGUCUCCACUCCUAGAGAUGUGACAGUGCAGCUCUUGAACACAGCCAGCCACAUUCUUUCUCAAAAAAUGCUCCAGGAGCAGACCUGGAGACUGGAACAACUUCAAGAGGAGUUUGCGAAAAUCCCCUCAAACUUUAUCAGUCCUGAAGAGCUGGACAUCCCUGGACGAGCUGCAAAGGACAGAUACAGAUCCAUUUUACCAAAUCCUCAGAGUCGUGUCUGUCUCAAGACAAUGAGGAACCAAGAGGAUGAGUGUUACAUCAAUGCAAAUUACAUCCGGGGUUAUGCUGGGCAAGAGAAGGCCUACAUUGCUACACAAGGACCAAUGCUAAAUACGGUGAAUGACUUCUGGACAAUGGUGUGGCAGGAAGAGUCUCCUCUCAUAGUCAUGCUCACCAAACUCAAGGAAGAGAAAGAGAAAUGCAUCUGUUACUGGCCUGAUACAGAGGCGACAUAUGGGUCUUUCACCAUCCGACUUCAAGGAGUCUGCAAGUAUGAUGAAUACACUAUCCGUAACUUUACCCUACAGCUCAAAGACAAGUGUCGUGAUGUGAAGCACAUUGUCUUCUCAUCAUGGCCGGACCAAAAGACCCCAGAGUCAGCCAAGACACUUUUGCACUUGAUUUGUGAGGUGGAGAAAAUCCAGCAGGCCUCAGAGAACAUGGGGCCUAUUGUGGUGCAUUGUAGUGCAGGAAUUGGCCGGACUGGCUGCUUUAUUGCUGCACAGAUUGGAUGCCAGCAACUGAAGGACAAAGGAGAGGUAGACAUUUUGGGGAUAGUUUGUCAGCUCCGCAUAGACAGAGGUGGAAUGAUACAAACCAGUGAACAAUACCAGUUCCUCCAUCAUACAUUAGCAAUGUAUGCUUCACAGCUUCCUGAGAUCACAGACUCUUGAUGGUAUAUUUUUGUUUGCCUGCUACUCAACAAUUGGCUUGAUGGAACAUUUUUUCUGAAAUAACUAUUUAUAUUUCAACCAAGUGAUGUGUACACAUGAAGAAUUAUUGAGUUACUGGGUAAAUGUGCUUAGAUUGCAACACCCCCCUCCCCCGAAAGCAAUUUAAGUCUUGGUAUGUUUGCUUUCUUAAUCUGUGUAAAACCAAAUCUUCCUUUCAGAUUAAUUAAAAAUAGUUUGUUCCAGACAUAUGGCUGAUAACUGAAUUCACUAACCCAAAUCUAUUAAAAUGAUCCUAGUAGAUCAAGCUUGCUAUAAUUGUACAAAUAAAAGAGGUCAGGUUUCAUCAUAAUGGAAAGCUAGCCGCAUAGGUAUAAGGUUAGUCUCAUACAACUCUUUUUGACUGAGCCAUACUUCAGGGUUUAUUGAGACAAUGUUAUAAGAAAAGACAUAAGAUGAAUCAAGUUUCUACAUCUGCCUAGUCCCAGACGUACAGUUAUCAUGUAGAUUAUCCUAUUCAUGUGUGAACAUCAACACACAGUAGUCUUGUUUAGCAUCUUAAUGUUGUUGGCAUCUUAAUGUUAUUCUUCAACUGGAACAGUACAAAUUAUGUGUUGAAACAUCACAAGGCAAACAUUGAAAAUUGAUACAAGUGAUCUAAUGUAAUGCUUCCAGUUUAAAAGUGGAUUCAGUGAAGGAUGAGUCUUGCCACAACAGAAAGGAAAGGAGAAAGUUAAACCAAUACACUCAUAUCCACAGGGGAUAUGUUCCAGUAUGCCAGCCAUCUCACGUUUCCCCACUUUCCUCUGCUUUUGCAUGUUGCCUUCUAUCAGGAGUUGGGGGAACACCUGAACUUUGAAAACGGACUCCAGAGAUUAUCUUUGCAUGCUGGGAAGACCUUUGAGGGACUCCAUUACACCAGUGGGAGAAGAGUUAGAAAACAUGGGAAAUUUAAUGUGGGAUAAGGUCCCUAAAGUGUUUCUAAGGGCUCAUUCACCCAAGCAAAAUUAGGCAGGGUGGGGUGAAGUCCAAAUUACAUAUGGGAUCUGUUCAUCCUAAUGCAUUGUCCUGCAUUUGGGAUGCUUCAGAGCUUCCUGAAGCUCCCAAGCUUACCUGUAUUUUGUGGUGGCAUGAACAGUUGAGCCACUCCCCAUGUCUAUUCACAUGGCUAUUCUGCUUUCCCUAGUCUCAGGCAACCAGGGGAUAGGGGGUGACAUUCACCUUCCCCCAUCAUCCUCAGCUUAGUGGUGACCAUGGGGCAUGAAACUGGUGGUGGUCAUUGCUUGUCAUAUCCACUGAUGCUAGCCAGUGACAGAGUAAUUCGUGAAGGGCAAAGAAUGAAGUGAUUUUUCCUUUCCCCACUCCUUUGUCUUGUAUCUCUCUGACCAAUGACAGGGGAUGCAAUGAGCGAUGACUACCACCAGUUUUGUAUACAGUAGUCAAGGAUAACAGGGAAAGUAAAGGUGGAAGUCCAGAGGCACUGAACUGAUUUUAGCAGUGCUGGAACAUGUAGACUCCAUCCAGUUGCCAGGGCAGCUCAGUGCCAUGCAGUGCAGCCAUCUGCUAGCUGCCAGGCUGGCUCAGCAGCUGGCUGUGCAGACACUGGCAGUGCUGGUCCAGAGUAUCCCACUCCAGAUCAGCGUUAACAUAUGAGACCCAUGUAGAUGGGCCCUAUGAGAGGGAAGGGAAAUCAAUGAAUCCCUGUUCUCCAGUGAAUUCCCAGUAAGAGCCCUGCAACUGCAGAAUCUAUAUUAUCAGUUCCACUUACCCACUUCCGAAUGAAAGGUUUCUCUAGGAAUUUGCUAGGUCCCCUAGGGGAUUUUAUGGUAUGUUUCCUUCAGAAGUUACUAGACUAGGGAGUUGUUUUGGGGGACCUAGCAAAUUCCUAGAUUCUUCCAAUACAACUCUAUAGUAUGCUAGGAUUGGAAAUCAGGUAUUUGGUUGUAGUCACAACUUCAGUUAUCUGUGGUCUGAGCGAGAAUAUAUGCCUCAUGGAUAUGAGGGUCCUACUGUGUAUCUCUUUAAGUUACUUCACCAGUCUUGUUAAACAAUUAUUCAUCAUAAAUAUAACUUCAUGGCAUAUAUAAAACAAAACAUCUGUAUGGUCUGUAAGUAAGUAUCAAAGUAUGGUAUUGAUAAUAUAUUUCAAUUAGUGUUACAGAACACUAAAGUGUUACAAAAGUGCUGCAUUAGCAGCACAAAACUGCAGAGAAUUAAGCAGUUUGAAAUUUAGAGCUCUGGUAACUUUCCUGAGCUUUGCUCUCCGACUACAGAAAUAUAAUUGCGGCCACACUCCAAUUCCCACUGCAUUUAACCUUUGCCCUCGAAAAUAAAGAGAUUUAACUUGUU